AUGUCGUUCAAUUUUGGAAACACAUCGGCACUCGGCUCAACGAGCACACCGGCCAAGCCGGCAUUCGGGAGCUUUUCAUUCGGAGGGCAAACAUCCACGCCUGCCUUUGGUGCCACGGCCGCCACCGGAACUGCACCAGCCUUCGGAGCAGCGACAGCCACACCCGCCUUCGGUGCGACGGCCGCACCUGCUUUCGGAGCUGCCACGGCCGCACCCGCCACCGGGGCUUUCGGGACGUUGGGCUUUGGUGCUACGACAGGCGCAACAACGGGCUUCGGGGCGACCCCAGCAAGUACGGCUCCCUCGUUUGGCUUCGGUACGAACACGGCAACGGCCGGAACAACCGCUUUCGGAGGCUUUGGUACUGGGGCUACAACUUCAACGGCUGGCACGGGAUUCGGUGCGUUUGGUGCAACCCCAGCUGCAACUUCCAGUGCGCCGGCGUUCGGUGGUUUUGGAGCUACGGCGGCCCAACCUUUCGGGUCCUCGUUGGCGACCACUUCCGCCCCAUCGUUCUUCGGUGGGCUUGGUGCAACUCAAACCAACACCGGAACCGGUUUUGGGGGCUUCGGUACCGGCAGCACCUUUGGGGGAACGACAUUCGGUCAGCAGGGAACCGCAACGGGUGGACUAAAUUUCGGUCAAUCCGCGUUUGGCCAACCGCAACAGUUGCAGCAGCAACAACAACAAGCGCUUUCGCCCGAGGACACCUUUAUCCAGUCGGUGUUCAACGUGUCGAUCUUCGGGGACGAACGGGAUACGGUGAUUGCGAAAUGGAACUACCUUCAGGCCAUGCUCGGGACGGGCAAAUCGUUCUACUCACACAAUGCACCGUCAGUCGACAUCACUGCGUCGAAUUUUCUGUGCCGCUUCAAAACGAUGGGCUACAGCAAGCUGCCCGGAAAGGAUAACAAGACCGGUCUGGUGGGUCUCACCAUCAACAAAACGGUAGGCCAGAUAAAAGAGCAACAGCAACAGUUCAUCACCAGCAUGAAUCAAAUCUUCGGCAACAAGCCAAACAUUACGAUCGUGGUGGAGAACGUUAAAUCCAUCAACGACUCGAAGGUGCAGGUGAUCAUCUACAUCGAGGAAAAAUCGACCAUCUCGAACGAGAUCAAGCGCGUGCUGGCAACGGAAGUCGCUAGCUACCUCAACCAGCCAAUGCCCAAGCAACAGCUUACCUCACUCGGGAUCGAGUCGGUUGUGGCCCUCGUGCUGCCGGAGGAGGAUCAACUGAAGGAGUACCUCGACAAUCCCCCGAAAGGCAUCGAUCCGCGCAUGUGGGAACAAGCGAAGAUGGAUAAUCCCGACGCGAAGCGGUUCAUUCCCGUACCGAUGAUAGGCUUCCAGGAUCUCAAAUGGCGCAUCAAGUGUCAGGAAAAUGAAACCGAAAUCCACGCAUCCUACCUCGCGAAGGUGGAAAAGGAGAUCACGGAGCUGAAGCAGCGCCACAUGAACACCACGGCGAAGAUAGCCGAACAUCGGCGCAACUUUGCCGACCUCAGCCAUCGCAUCCUGCGCGUGAUCGUGAAGCAGGAAAGCACCCGCAAGCUCGGACUCGCGCUCUCCCCCGAGGAGGAAGUGAUCCGGUCGAAGCUGGAAAACAUGCAAGCCCUUGUGUCCACUCCGACCCAGUUCCGGGGCCGGUUGAGCGAGCUGCUAUCGCAGAUGCGCAUGCAGCGGAACCAGUGGGCUCACGGGAACUUCCUGAACGAGUACACGCUGGACAAGGAUGCGAAGCAGGAGAUGCAGUCGUUCCUGACGAUGCAACAGAAGGCGGUCUCGUUUCUGAUCGAUACGAUCAACAAGGACAUGCAGACGCUCAAGAUCAUCAGCGAGGGCAUGACGCAGCUGGUGCAAGGAUAGUGGGAAAGCGUGUCCCCAGUAGCGACACCGUUCGGUAUUUGGAUGUAAUGAAAUUAAAGCGUA